AUGUCUGAAUCAUUGGCUGCAUUCCGUACAGGGCGCAGCAAGGACCUCGCUCAGCUUGCAGAGGACCACAUGCACCAUGACUUGAAUCAGCAGGACCAGGACCUUCUGAAGAGCGCAGCCAAGAAGGUUGGGACGCACGCGACAGUCGCCUCUCUGGCUGGUCUUGGACUGGGGGUUUUUGCUGCGGUUCGUCUGCGCAGCAUGCGCGUGGCCUACUUCAAGGCCUUCAGGGCGAUGGAGAAGCCUGUUGAGCUUCGCUUUGCCGACGGCCGGACCGAGCCCAUUCCCGACAUUUCGGCCCAGCUGGCGCCCUCGAAAUGGGGUGAUGCGGCGACCUACUUCUUCUUCUCAGUCGCCGGUCUCUUCCUCGGUGGUGAGCUCGGGUUGAUCACAGGCACUGCGUCGGCCACCAGGACCAUCACAAGCGACCCAGCAGCGAAGGAGCGCAUCGAGAAGGCCUUCAAGAACUAUCGUGUCGAUGUCCUGAAGCGCGAGAUCAAGCAGCUCGAGGGCAAGAGCACAUUCGAGCAGAUGUUCAGCUCGUCAUCGUGA